AUGCAUUUCCGCAAGUCAAUCGUUGCUGCUGCUUUGGCAGCUUCCCCAGCCCUUGCCCACCAGGCGGAGGUCAACGUCUACUGGGGCCAAUCGGGGCAGACGGACAAGCUCAGAGACUUCUGCGACAAUUCUAGCAUCGACUAUCUCACACUCUCCUUCAUUAAUAAGUUCCCUCAGAAGGUCGGCGAGUAUCCUGGUUCCAACUUCGCCGCUCACUGCUGGGACCACACCUACAGCUACAAGGAUGACAAUGGCGACACCGUCACCACCGAUCUCCAGGACGCUUGUGACACCAUUGGUGACAGUAUCAAAUAUUGCCACAGCAAGGGCAAGAAGAUCCUUCUUUCCCUUGGCGGCGCCAAGGAUUUCGGUACAUACACUCUGCCGGAUGACGACACUGCUGUGUGGUUUGCCAAAACGCUGUACAAGGCCUACGGAAAGAAGCAGGAUGGCUACGAGGGCCCUCGUCCUUUCGACUACUGGUCAGGUGGCGUGCUUUACGAGAACUACGUUGACGGAUUCGACCUUGACCUCGAGGAGGUGUUGACUAGCGGACAAGGACCAUACAUUACAUUGAUCAAGACUCUUCGGGAGCUGAGCACCUCGGCUGAUGGAGUUUGUGACAUGAUCUUCUCCACAGCACCCCAGUGCCCUCUGGAGGACGAGUACAACUACACCAAGCAGAUCCUGCAGCAGGCCAAGUUCGACCUCAUCCAGAUCCAGUACUACAACAACGGCGAACUCUGCAACACUGGUGCCAAGUUCAACUUUGACCAGUGGGCUCAGUUCCUGAGCACAACUGCCAACAAGGACGCCAAGAUUCUUGUCGGUCUCCUGGCUGACAAGAGCAAGUCAGACUACGUUGCGCCUGCAGAUCUCUCCAACCUUGUCUCCAAGUGCAGAAACAGCGACUACUCCAGUCAGUUCGGCGGUAUGAUGGUGUGGGAUGCCUACACUUCCGCCACCAACAAGGACACGACCCUGAACAACAAGCCUUACUACGAGGCAUGUGCUUCCGCUGUUCACUACGGCGAGACCACCACUUCUUCGUCAAGCUCCGUCUCCUCGUCCACCACCUCGUCCAGCAGCUCGGCCACCUCAUCGACUGUCAGCACCACCUCUAGCUCUGCCGCAACUACCAGCUCCGCCUCUGAGAGCAGCACUUCCAGCUCUGCCACUGUUACUAGCUCCUCCACCGUCUCCGAGACCAGUUCCUCGAGCUCCGCCACCGAGAGCAGCACUGAGAGCUCCAGCUACUCCGUCAGCGCCACCGAGAGCUCCAGCUCGACCAUCACCUCGUCGGCUUCUGUCAGCCAGUCCUCGUCCGUCUCUUCGUACAGCGUCAGCUCCACCAGCUCCGAGGAGGAGGACACUUGCACCGAUGAUGAUGACACCUCGAGUUCCUACUCUGUCUCGUCGACUUCCAGUGUCGCCGUUACCAGCAGCUCCUACGCCAUCACCAGCUCGGCUGCCUCUGCCUCCAACACUGCCAGCGCUUCCGCCACUGCCUCCGCCUCCACCAGCUCUGAGGAGGACUCCUGCGACGAGGAUGAGGAGACUGGCUCGUACAGCGUCUCCACCGCUUCUGCCACUGGCUCUGUGUCUGUGACUGGCUCGGUGUCUGCCACUGGCUCUGCCUCCGCCACUGGACCCGUGACCACCAGCUCUGCCGAGUACACCACCUCCACCGUCUACACUACCAUCUCGUACACGGUCACCUCUUGCGCACCUACCGUCACUAAGUGCCCUGCUUCUGGUUCCGUCGUCACCGAGGUCAUUCCGUUGUACACUACCGUCUGCCCCGUUACCGCCGUUCAGACGCCUACUAACGUCCCCAUGACCACGUCGACCAUCUAUAGCACCCGCGUUGCGACCGUCACCGCCUGCCCUGCUACCGUCACUGACUGCCCCGUCGGCUCCGUCACUACCCAGGUCAUCGCCGUUUCGACCACUGUCUGCCCCGUUUCUGAGGCGACUGGCAACACUAAGCCCGCUGGCAGCGCCGCUACCUACCCUGCCGGCUCCGGCUCUGAGACCGCCAAGACCAGCCCUGCUGGCGGUGCCGCCACUUACCCUGCCGGCUCUGGUUCCGAGACUGCUAAGACUAGCCCUGCUGGCAGCGCCGCUACAUACCCUGCUGGCGGUGCCGUGAGCUCGGCUACCAAGGCUACCGCCGUGCCCUCUUACCCCGUCGGCGCUUCGUCCGCCGCGUUCACCACCCUGACCGCUCCUCUGUACCCGACUGGCAAGUCGAACAGCACCGUUGCCGCCUCCGGCACCGUCUCCAAGAGCUCGUCGCCCGUCACCGUCAAGACCUCGGCUACCGUCUACCCGGUUGCCAGCACCACGCCUGCCACUGCCGGCUCUGCCAAAACCGCUGGCUUCAGCGUCGCUGCGCUCGUCCUGGCUGCCGCCUUUGCCUUGUAA